AUGGAGCUGGGCACAGGGGGGGGCACACACGGGGGCUGCAGGGGCACCCCGGCGGGGCCCUGCCUCCCCCCGCAGGAGCCCCGGUGCCAGCGGUGUGCCCCCGGAGCUGUGCCGGUGUCCCAGCAGCCGCUGAUCAUCCUGCAGCAGCUCCCCGGGGCCCUGCCGCCCCCCGCCGGCCCCUCGCCCCUCCGGGGAGCCCCUCACUCCCUGGCAGAUCUGCUGGAGCUGAUGAUGAUUCAGAGCUCCCAGCUGCAGCAGGUGCUGAUGAACAGCCUGGCCGUGGCUGCCCUGACCUCCUGCGGGCUCGGGCCAGCCCCAGCCGCUGCCCAGGUGCUGGCAGUGCCUGUGCAGAGCCAGGAGGAGGAGGAGGAGGCUGUGGUUUUCCACCAUCACUACAUCCCCUGCCCUGGGCCUGCUCCUGUCCUGUCCUGGCCGGUGCCAGCGGAGGGGCAGCGGGCAGCAGCUGUGCGGUACCUGGACACGGGGCCAGCAGCUGAGGAGGGGCAGCUCCGGGCCGUGCCCCCUCCUCCACCCCCCAGCGCCACGGGCACCGUGGGACCCAGCAUCCCCCCAGCCUCAGAGUACUACGACGUGGUGGAGGAGAUGCUCUGA